CAUAAGUCAUAACAAUUCGUCGCGUUUCGCGUUCGUGUCUUUCUUUUGGUAAUUUUGUUGUGCCGAAGCCGAUUAAUGAAUUUUGUGAAAAUAUUACCUAAGGAUAAUAAACCUACAACUUUGUGUACCAUGUCAAACAAUACCGUCAGUUCAAAAAAGCUGGCGUUUUCUCCGUCUGAAAGAAAGCUGAUUAUAGCUUUAGUAAGGGAACGGCCUGUCAUUGAAGAUAAGCGCGUCAACGCUAAAAAUAUCCGGUUGAAGAAACGAGCCUGGGAAGAUCUCACCAUUGCCUACAAUUCUCAACCGUUCGUCUCAAAGAGGCUCACACACCAAUUGAAAAGAUGCUGGGAGAACAUGAAGACGAUAAGAAAGAAGGAACUUUCUCAGGAAUCGUUGACUUUGAAACGCAUCGGUGGAACUGCAGAUCCUCUACAUCUGACGAAAGAUGAAAAUGGCUGUACGUCUGACAAUGAUAUAAGCACAAUUGACUCAUUCAUUAACGUGCAAGUCCCGGAAGUGAUCGAUUCAAAUUCAAUUGAGGCUAAAGCAGAUGCAGAGGAACCAUAUUUCGAGAACCAUCUUGAUCCAGACAAUGAAGAUCCAAUAGUUACAUGUAGCCAGAGAUUCCCAAGCGAGACGGAUAUAAAAGUCAGACGUACCACGUUGAACAUUCAACAGGACCAGGCUUUACACGAGUUGAGGGUAGAAAGAGAAAAAAUAUUGAUAGACAAAGAAAAGAAUUUGUUAGAACACGAAAAACAGAUGCACGAUUUACAAAUACAAAAAAUGAAAUUAGAAAUUGAACUGUUAAGUAAACAGAUUGAAAAUAAAACUUCAUAAAUA